ACAGCCGGGUCAGCUGCUGCAUGCGAUUCCCAGACAGGAGAAUCCAAGACUGACAGUAGGGGGUAAUAUUCUGGGAAGUGAAUGAAUAAACGCCUUUUGCUUCACUUCAAAUAUAGAGGACUGAGAAAAGGGAAAAAGAGCAAGAGAAGAAAAUGUCCAAGUUUAAUUUGCGUAAAGCGGAGCCACAAGACGUGCCUGACAUAUUGCGACUUAUUAAGGAACUUGCUAAGUAUGAGGAAAUGGAAGACCAAGUUAUAUUAACUGAGAAAGAUCUGCUCGAGGACGGAUUUGGAGACCAGCCGUUUUACCACUGUAUGGUCGCGGAGGUGCCAGCUGAGCACCAUAAACUCGAAGGUUAUGCUGUCAUUGGAUUUGCCAUGUACUACUACACCUAUGACCCUUGGAUUGGCAAGCUGCUUUACCUUGAAGAUUUUUAUGUGAUGAAAGAGUACAGAGGUUUUGGAAUUGGGUCAAAAAUUCUGAAAACCCUCAGUAAUACAGCAGUGAAGAGUCGUUGCAGCAGCAUGCAUUUCAUUGUGGCAGAGUCAAACAAGGCAUCCAUAGAAUUCUACAUGCACCGCGGGGCUUCUGAUCUCUCACUGCAGCAGGGGUGGCGACUUUUCAGGAUUAAUAAGGAGAAUCUUCUGAAAAUAUCUGAUGAAGAGUGAGCUGGCCCAAAGUUCCAGUGUUUUAAGAUAGACUUUGUAUAGUUCACACCCAUAUGUCAGGUCAAUCACUUUAAUUAUUUUUGUAUAGUCUGUGGGCA